UCUGGCUCUGUUGCUAAGCUCGCUAUCUGACGGUGUACUGAAUAGAAAGUCAAGGUUUCGUGCCCUCACCUCUUUCACCGUGCUUCUCACAUACGUGUGCAAUGUACUUUUCUAUUUUGUCUCUCGUCGGUGCUGAGAACGAACGGCACGAGAUCGACAUGUUCCUGUCGUGCACGCAUCUGUCGGGCAAAGGCGAUGCUGACAUUUCGUGCGUCAUUUCCGGGUCGAGCAUGGGAGACAGCAUGGUAGCUUACUGUACGAGUCAGGCCAGCAAGUGGCCCGGUGUCUACCUGCCUGCACUGCGGAACUGGUGGUCAGGCCUUCUAGCAGGAAGGAACCUGGCAGCCCACCCUGCAGAUGAGGUGGCCAGCUCUUCGUAUAGCCUGGUGUCUGAUGCCGGCUUUGCUGACGUGGUGGCCAGCUGUUCUUGUGGCCUCCUCGACUGCUGAUCAGAAGAUCGAGCAUGAGUUAAGAAGCACAGGUGG